UUAUUAUUAUAAAAAUCACAUAUAUCGAUAAAGAUUACUUAAAUAAGUUAAUUCGUUUCAUAUCGUAGACGUAAAUAUUGGUUUGUUCUAGUCACGUGAUUUGGGUCAAAGGAAGCAUGUUCGGCAAGAACGAAACAUGGCAGCAGCUGCAAGUGGAAAAAGGGUGUUUGAAGUUUUUGUGUCUAAAGUCCCAUGGACGAUCGCAACAAAAGAGAUCAGGGAUUACUUUGGGCAGUUUGGCCAGGUGAAGAAAUGUCUCUUGCCCUUUGAUAAAGAGACAGGAUUUCAUCGGGGGUUUUGCUGGAUCGGGUUCAGUACAGAAGAGGGACUUCAGAAUGCACUACAGAAAGAUCCCCACAUCAUUGAGGAUGCAAAGCUCCAGGUACAAAGAAACAGAAAAACAUUAAUUGGAAGAAAAUCUAACAAAGAAGCAGAAGAAAGCUGAAAAUGUCUAUUUUUUUGUUUUGUUUUUAAAACCAUCCAGCAUCAAAUGUUAUGAGUAACACAGAUUUGUUAUUUAUUAUGUCCCGUCCCCCCACCCCAUGAAACCUAUAUGUAUACACUGACUGCAUGUCUAAUGUGUUUUUUCCCUAUGAAAGUUAUUAUGAAAUGUAAAAUAACACAAGUCAAAUAAAAUAUUAUUUGGAAAUAUUUUAGAAAGUAA